UCACAGACCGGCGGCGGUCGUCGUCGUGCCAAUUGUUUGAUUUUGAGGUGGCACCACCAUGGCAGAGAAGACAAUUGAGUCGCUGUCCAAGGCACUGGGCUGCGUGCAGCAACUGCGCACCAGCGUAUGCGAUGUUUUCCGCUACCUGGCUGAGGGCAAUGCUGAACCAUGCGAUGACGACGCCCAACGCAAGCAGUACGUGGUCGGCCUGAAGGAGACGCUGAACGUGGUGACCCGCAAACUGCAUGACGUGGAGGAGGGUGUUAAUGUGCUGUCAAUGCCACCCAACACUUUUCAGUUGGGCAACACGGGCCAGCUGAGUCAUGACCCGACACAGGACAUGCAGCUGCUGUACGGCCAUCUGCUCGACAGCUACAAGUGGACGGAGAAGGUGCGGGACUAUGCCUCGUUUGCCAGCCCCGUCUGGUCGCAGAACGGCGUCAAGCGCUCGCAGAACCUGGUGGUGAAGAAGCGGCGGCUACAGAUGCAGACGAGCCACUGCCAGCCGCAGCAGCACGUGGACGCCAUCUUGAACACGAUCGGGCGGAGCUUCAUGGACAUGGGGCUGCUGAUCAGCCGGCCUUGCGGUGCCAACUCGGCCGUCGUGCAGGUCACGCUCGACCGCGUCUUGCAGGCCGUCAUCACCUUCAAAGGCCUGCUCAUCGAGUGGGUGAUGAUCCGCGGCUACGACGAGCCCAUGUCCACCGAGGACGGCCGCGUCGACCUCUGGACGCCCUCCGACUACCACGUCUUCCGCAAGGUGUCUGAGAACGCGCAGGCCGCCAUGGUGCACUACUACGGCCCGCUGCACCCCGAGUUCUCAGCGCGUUCGUACUUGACCUGGAUCCACAGCUACGUGAACCUGUUCUCGGCGCCUUGCGUCAAGUGCGGCAGCCGUCUGCAGAACGCCAUGCCGCCCACGUGGCGCGACUUCAAGUCGCUGCAGCCCUACCACGAGGACUGCAAGUCCUGAGCGUCCGCUGUUCUCCGGACGCGGGCGCGCGCGCCGAGGCCAGCGUGGCGUACGCCGUGAGCUGGGUCGGUGACCGCGGCGGGGCUGCGAGGGUGCGAGUGAUGACCGGCCUGCCAGCUGAGACGGGGCUGUGAGGGCGCGGCGAUGGCCACUGAGGCGAGGCUACGCUGCGGCCCGCCGCCGGUAAGACGCGGCGGACUGGCAUC